AUGCGACUCCUCAGCCUCCUCUUCAUCCUAUGCACAGCGGGUGCGCGACCUGUAUCCUUCGGACUCGGGCCCUACCAAUUCCAACUACAGAUCCCUCUGCUGGGAGAGAAAACAAACACGAACACGAACAGCAACGACAACGGCAUAGAAAUGAUCAGCGCACCUAGUAUCGGUCUCCACUUUACCACCUCGUACGCCAUGGCCUCUGCACACUUUAUCAACGGCACGACAACGGAUUUAUUCAAGAUGUCGGCGGAUGCAGAAUACACGAUGUUAUUGUCGAAUUGGAUGGAUGCGUAUGCAGAGGAAGCGGGGACACACGCACAAUCGCCAUCACCAUCAUCACCAGCACCACCCCACAACACCGAACCCACCACCAGUAACACCACCAAUAUCCUCACCCCCUUCCUCUCAAAACUCUAUACAGCAAUAACGACCUUUGAACAAUCCCACGGACCCAUCACCCACAUCACCCCCGCAAUCUUCCCUCUCACCACUAUCCACUCCGCUAUUUUCCGCACCGCACUCUUAAACUCCGGCCUCGUCCUGCCUAGACCCGCUUCCUUGACUGAUGCUGAUGCCGUAGCGCUGCUGAAAGCGAGCGACGCGGCGCUCGCUGGCCUAGAACGCGCGGCCCCCCCUUGUUUCAAGCCCGGCUCGGAAUACGAAGACGAGCGGCCUAGAUGCAGUGGAGGGGCGGUGGGGUGUGGGGAUGUGCAAACGCAACGGCAAAGACAGCAGAGACGAAGACAGCAGAUGAAGCGGUUGGACCAGCAUGUUCUGUUCUUGAGUUUUGACAAUACGUCGUUUACUGCGAGUAUGGUAGCGCGGGCCUGCUCUUCCCCAUCGUCUUCCCCCCACUACACCCAUCUCAGCUACGCAGCCUCCUCAAACCUCGGCUGGUACAACCUCCCCGUCUUCUCCACUCCACGCGCCCUUUUCUGGAAAAGAAUCCAAUCCGCUAUCGUUGAUGUUGUAGGUGCGGGCGGCAAACCACCAGGGAGAAUCAUGGUGAUUGGGGAGAGGGCGGGUGAUAUGGAAUUUAGGGGGGUUGUAGAGGAGGCGGUUUGGAGGGCUUGGGAGGUCAAUGUGCGUGUGAUGAUAGGGAAACGUGAUGGGGAGUGGGGUGUUGCGAGGGGGGCGGCCGAGGAGGGUUGGCUUGGAGUGUAG